GAGGUGACGAAGAAAGAAGAAAAACAAAUGAAAGGCAGGACAAUAUGCAGAGACCUGUAAGCAGGCUGCGGCCGUCGUUCGUCGAAAGGUUGACGCAGCCAUAACCAAAAGUGCUCACUCCGUCCGCACUCACGUCUAUCGGUGAUGAGCCUUUUUGAAUACUGCAUUUCGAACGAACAUUGCUGCCGGUCAAAAAGCACAAUUGAACGGACGGAUUAGACACCGAACGUUGACAGAGCAGUUGUUCUGUGGGUAUCACGCGUACACACAGUUCGACUCUAGCCGGAGUCUUGCGUACAGAAAUGUAUUGAAGCAGAAGAUCUGUCGGUUAUCGAAGAAAAAAUAAGUCAGAACAGCAGCUGAGGCAGCCAGGCUCAAAGAAAAUGAUGAGCGAAUAAGAAGUGGCGGAAAAUCCCCCAGUGAUUCCUUAGUUUAGUUAUGUAUUCGAGUUUAUAGUAUCUCUGAAAGUAUGAGCACACAAGGACAACUGUGCAGUCGUGUGGAUGUGUUUGACUUAUUGGUCAUAUACAGUGUUAUGAUUCAAAUAGAAACAGGAUUCUAAAUGUAAUAACGAGCAUACUUGUACAUACAGUGUACACUUUCGGCAGUCAGUACCAAUAACGGGUGUUGUAAAUAAGAGUAUUCAGCUUUUUUGUCCUCUGAAGGCGAAAAGUGAACUUCAGCAUUGAGUGGAGGAAGUUCAACAGUGUGUAGAUUCUAUUUUCGUUAUUCCAUGACAAAUUCUGCCAAUUAAAUUGUCGCCAUGGCGUUCUGCUACCUUCGCGGGUUCGGAAGCGGGGCAGCCGUGGCUCUUUGUGCAUGGAUUGUUCUGUUCAGCGCAACAUCUGCACAGGAUCUCAAUUCAAAUGCUGAUCGAGCGAAGCUGUUAAGCCAACACUUGAAACGAAUGCCUCAUAUGAAUCUGAAGUUUGAUGAUAUUCAGGCUAAUUUGGAACGGUUGUCUUUCACACCUUUACGAUUCAGCCGAGAUGAUAUUGUGUCCAGGGUUCACGGAGCGCUUAAGAAGAAACACCGAGAAUUAGCUAAGGCCUUACAAGACGGCUCACAAGGUAUUCGAGAUGUGAUGCUACAUACACCAAGGCGAACCGAUGUGCGGCCAAAAUUCUGCUGCGGUCUCAAUAUUGAGGAUGUGGGCAUAACGUUCGACCCGCUCUUUAACUCCGAGGUUGUAACCAACGCCAGCUGUACCCCAUCUCGGGAAAGUGAAUCGUUCUAUGACCUGACUCAAAUUUUUGAACGGAUAAGUUCUUCAGUUCCUGCCGCUCGAUGGCAAUUCUUUAUUUCACAGCGGACGCAUCUUGAAUUUCCCGCAGUGACUGGGGCGAGCUCAUUCUGUGGGGACGUCACGAGGCACCGGGCCGCAUAUACACGUGGAGUUCGGCCACGAUCCAAACAGGUGGUGAUGAUUUUUGACCACGGAGGGCAUAUGGCGGAAUCCCAAUUUGAGGUUGGCAAGGCGGUUACACGGUUCUUCAUCCAGAAUCUAAGCCCUCAAGACAGACUGGCCGUUAUAGCCGUAGCAGACAAGGCUACCGUGGCGCCUGAUUGUCAAACAUUAGUCUACGCCCAUGAUGAAGCUAUACGCGGGAUGCUGGAUUUUGUCGAUAACAUAAAACAGAAAGGAAAUUUGACAAACCACAAGGAAGCUCUAUCUCAGGCGUUUGAUUUGCUUAGAAAUACGCCAUCAAGUGAAGAUAGCUACAGUGAUGUACUUGUCGCUCUUAUCUCAAUGGGAAAGUUUUCACACCUCCACGACAAAAAGGAAAUUUUGGACUUGAUUAGUUUGCGCAGAAGGGAAUUAAAACGUCAUCGAGUAGUAAUCAACACAUACAUGCUUGGUGAUUCUCGAAGGAGCAUUGUCUUUGCUAAGGAUUUUCUUGAGGCGAUAGCAGCCACGCCUAUCGACAUACAGGGUAGCCGGAGGGGGGCAUCAUUUGUAGUAAAUUCAACAGAUAAUCUCACAGCCACGGCGGGCCGUUUUGUGGAGGCGUUUCCUCCACCCGAUAUUUUCCCACCAAUGAAUUACUCUUCUCCCUGGUUUGACCCGAUCAGCCGACAACUGCUCGUUACGGUUGCUUUACCUGUCAAGCUUAUGGGCAUGAAUCGCGCCGUGCCUGAUGGUGUGCUGGGAUUUGAUUUGCCGUUACAUUAUCUCGUUGAAGAUCUUCAGAUGCCUGAGCAGUCUCCAGAACAUUACGCGUUUUUGCUGAACGCGGAAACCGGACAUAUCAUGUCACAUCCUAUGUUUGUUUCUGGUAAAGCUGUUGCCGUUGAGGGAACUUCUCCGUUAGUAUCGUCACUCGAGCCAGAGUUGCCACCUCUUAAACUCUUUCGAUAUUCUCGCUUCGAUCUCUCCAACGAAGAAAACUCUGUGCAGUACACAUGGAAAAAUGUCGAAGGCACCCCAUUUACAGUGUUCGUAGCCAAUCGCACCACAAACCGACCGGUUCUAGCGCUCGAGAGUCCCAUAUCGUUAAAGGAAAUUUCAGGCCGUUCACUGGUAUAUCACCGACUCGACCUUAUCUCUCAGGUAUCGAAAUGUACUCAUUCAAAUCAGCUAGCAUCAACACAAGCGCUGGGUGUAUUCUUGAGUGAGGUGGCUUUUGCUAAUCCAUUCGCACAUCAGAUGACCGACGAGACGAAAGAAAGCGUGCGUUCAUUGAGCCACUAUCUAUUCGAUCAGACAAAUAUGAUGACCAAUCCUGGAAUAGUCAAAUCUCAUAUCAGAGAAGAAGUUCGACUCUUAGCCUAUUUGACGAAAGACUGGAACAUUAAUACUUCAUUGGAUAUCGCGAUUCGGCGGUAUAUAGCCAGUGCAAAAGGAGUUAUGAUGAUGUGGCCUGCUACAAUAAUUCCUCAAAGAUUCGACCCCACUAUGCGUGAGUGGUAUGCUCAAGCGGCUGAACUAACGGAUCGUACUGUUUUGACGGGACCUUACCUCGAUGCGGCUGGUUACGGCCAAGUAGUCACGCUGAGCCGCGCUCUGGUACGUGAUAAUAGUGUAAUAGCCGUUGUAGCAAUGGACUUGAACGUUGGUUAUUUGAGCAAAUUAAUGGGAGACCUAUUUCCGGAAUGUGACGUACGUUCCAUUGGCUUUGGUGAUAUUACGUGUUUUCUUAUGGACCACAAAGGAUAUGUUGUAUCGCAUCCGUCACUGAUAGAUGCAACAUUCCCACAGCCUCCGAAAACUCCGAAAGAAUCACUACAUAUAGCGCACAAAGAACAUGUAGUUGCCAACGAAAUCCUUAGCCUUAAGGAUUUCUCAAAGAAAUCAGCAUGUAUAUCACCGUCAGAUCGCACAGUGCAACGAACCUAUGAGCUGCGGAUGUCACUUGCAAACGCACUUAUAAACGUCGUUCAGAAUGAACUUUCUUGCCACAAAUACUACGUCUCAGCUAUAGCGCGGUCAAAUUUGUUCAUAGGGCUUAUCAACAAAACCUGCCAUAGUGGGCAAGCCUUUACGCCGUGCGGAGUGAAUGAUCGCGGGUGCCUGAAUUGCCGUCGAAUGGCCCAAGAUGAUCCAGAGUGCCCCUGUCAAUGCGCCUGGUCUAGAACGAUGAGCGGUGCUGGUCAAUGCAGCGCUUUCGCAGGGGACAUCAGUGCCAGUUCAACGCCCGACCGAUCUCUAGACCUAUGCGCUCCUAGCCUACGUUCGCAAGAAGUUUUUGUUCCAGCAUUUUUCUCAGUAGCAGGAUCACCGACCGUUUUGCAAAAAUGCUUUGCUGAAACUUGUCCCCUUAAGGCCAGCGCGAGCGAAUGUUACGAAGCGUCAGCUUGCGCCUGGUGUGUCUCCAAUUUGGCCCACGUUGCCCUCGAUCAACCGUAUUGCGCAGCUCAGCCACACUGUUAUCGAGGAGUCGUUAAUGGAGCAUCACCUUAUGAUAUGAUAUCCAUAGAGGAGACAUCUACUGGAUAUGGUUCGAAUUUAGGAUUCGGACCUGUGCUUGUCAUAGUGGCUUUCGUUAUCGUUGGAGCUGUAGUGGUAAAAUUCACUAUUUGCUCUGGGAACGCCGCGACAUAUACAUCUGGUAGGGAGCAGCAAGUUCCGCUCUUCAUCCCGUCAGAACAGGAAGCCGAGCAGUUGUGUGGUUCGGCCGGUGUUCAAAGCCAGCAAAGUCAACCUGGUGUUCAGACAAGUCUUCUACUCAAUUCUUUCAAUGGAAAUGACGUUACGGUGCUUAGUUCACCUUAUCGGUACGCAAAUAACAAUUACAGACAAAGGCCGAGCGGUGCUGACUCUGACUUGGGUUAUUCGUCGACAAUUACGCCCUCAUCCGAGAUGGCCCCAGCAAGCACGGCAAGACGGGCCGCUAGUCCAGAGAGUGGUAGAGCAAGCUCGCCAAGUAUCUGCUCUUCCGCCAGAUUUGCCCUACAGAAGAAAAAAACAAAGGGUGGAGCUGGCUCAAUUAUUAUUACGACGACAGCUCAAAUACAUUCUAGUGAUGAAGCGAGUGAUUUCGAGGGUGUUAAAGAACGACAUGAAGGUGAGCGUUUGACCAAUGCCGUUGGCAACGGAUCGUCGACGAAAGCUAAGGAGCCGUCAAAGGAUCUCACAGACAUUACUGUUAUCAAAGAGAUCGCUCGGGACGUCACCGAGCUUGUGAAGAUGACGCCAGAUAACGGUGAUUGCGAGAGUGGCAAUAUUGACGUCGGUUUAACCAAGCAGCCCGAUCAGCUAGGGGAGUCCGAUGAACACGCGAAACGACCGCGCCAAGCGCAGAGACAAAAACAGAGGAGGGACUCAUUUACAGCUAGAAUAAAGACACCUGACGUAUUAUCUAACACUGGCGAAUUAAUUGAGAUUCUGGAAAGGGCACCAGUUGCUGAAGAGAUAUGCUAAAGAAUAGCUAUUUUUAAACAGAAUACACCACACAGCGGAUUUCCGCUGCGGCCAAGACCAAGAAUCCACAAGAGGUGUACUUUUACUCAGAAUAUUGACUGCCCAGUGGCUCCUUCGAGAUGAAGUGUUCAUCCAUCUAUUUAACCUGCAAGAAGUAGUAGUGGUUGUUAGUGUUCAGGAGUGGAUCAGAGGCGCGCAUCGCUGAAAUUACUCUCGUAUUGAUCGGCCCAUUCGUUCCUUCUGUGCAGUGAAGUGCAUUGCUGUCAAUAUACAGCUAUCCACCCAUUCAAAACACGGUAGCUGCAGCGAUUCAGUUCAAACGCUUGUACAUAAAAAAAAAAAAAAAACUAGUAUUAUAUUGUUGAGUCUGAUUAUGGCGACGCCUAAUUUUUCAGACCACUGUGUGCUCGCACUGUACAUAAUGCUAGGUACGUAUAUGAAUUUCUCUAAUUAUUUACGCCCUAACCUAAUUUAAGUACGUUCAGAUUUUUUUCAACAGGGUGACUCAGUGACAUGAGAUGUAAAGAAGUCUGCACACAUGCCAAAAUAUAGGUCUAGAUGCAAAAUGUUUUGUUCACCCCGGAUUGAUUAGUGCGGGGCUACUAUGAACUAGCUCAAAUAAAAUAGCAUGACAUAAAUAUAGACAGUACGGCCUGAUAUGCUGCAUCGAGCCUGAGAUAAUUGCCUUUGAGACUUUGCAUUUUGUUUUGAAAACUGUCUAACUUUUAAUGCAGGUUAGACAGGACCAAACAGUGGUUCAAGCAUGAUAAUGUUAUAAUUUAACAACAAUUAUUAUUAGAAACAUCAAAAAUAAUUUUCAGAAAACAUAUUUUGUCCUUCAGAAUGCCGAAUUCUUAAUAGUCAUGUAUGGAACUGCAUAAUUUUUAUAUACCUGCUUUUUGAAAGACGCUAAAUCGACUGACCUUUUAGAAAACCUCAGUUUAAGUCAGCCUUAAUUAUGAUAGUUUGGCUGUUCCUAGACUAGUGUGCUCCUAUAUUUCUAGGCGACAUGUGAAAAAAACACAUUUGCUGAUUAAAAUAGACAAAUCAAAUACUACCGAAGGAGGGCGCGGUCGAGUUUGAAAAACAGCAAAUGACAAUUUAACAUUUUCUUUUUUAUAAAAAAAAAAAAACUCGCUGCAACACGUUAUGAUGGUGUAUGGCUUGUCCUAA